AUGGCUGCGAUUGGAACUCUUGUCUUUUGUACCGACUGUGGUAACCUUUUGCCAGCGACCAAGGGUACGCAGCGAAAUGUUUUGCGCUGCGAAUGCUGUGGCGCUGAAAAUCGAGAUACCGGCUCUAAAGUCACAGUCACGCAAACGAAGCCCUCGGAUUUCCCUUCAUUUCUGAGACAAAAGCUGCAGUCAAGCGUCCAAUCCGUCGAGAAGCACAAUUUGCAAACCGAGAGCACCGCGCACGAAACCUGCCCCAAGUGUGGUCGCGAGGAGGUCAAGUAUACUACUGUUCAACUGCGCAGUGCAGACGAAGGCUCGACAGUCAUCUACAGCUGCGAAUGCGGUAACUCGUGGAAUGAAAACAACUAG